CCUACAUAUCUUGCUGUAGGGGUCAUGUCCUUACGGAAAGAUGGUUCCUACUAUGCGGAUGUGGCCAGUACGUCUGGGAUGGACAUGUUUGUCUAUUGCCAGGCGCUCCUGGAGCUCAGCGAGCUCCCCACCAACCCCACUGCCACUGCGCUCCCGGAUGCUCCUCCUCCUGGUCCAGCAUUUCCACGACGUCGAGGCGAUAGUCAGCUGGAGCUCCUGGCUAAGGAACUGGACUCUGCAACAGAAGAAUGUUUACUACAGUUAUGCUCAGAAGCAGUUUGGGAACAAUGCGGCAGCAGCAUUUUACAUCUUGAACCUGAAGGGAGGAUUCAGGUUGGCGGGACAGUCGGAUUGGUUCAGACCAAAUGCAAAGGGGAAGUUCAGCUUGGAUUUCAUCAAUUUCUCAGACCUCCCCAUCGAGGAGGUGGAUGCCAGUGGCACAGUGAUCAACUACAUGGGACUUAACAACCUGGUGAGUCAACAGAAACUGCGUUUUCUCUCACUGCGCGGGUGCCCUGAAGUGGACGACUGGUUCCUGUCCCGCCUGCACAUAUUCAAGGACAGCUUGGAGGAGCUCGACCUGUCUGGCUGCUCUCGUGUGUCUGUUGGGGGUCUUGCUGCCUUGCAUCACCUGAGGAAACUGCGGAAACUCGACCUGUCGUCCCUCCCGCGCCUGCAGAGCCCAGGGCUGGUGCGCAUCUUGCUGGAGGAGGUUCUCCCUCACUGUCACAUCAUGGGAGUUGAGUACCAGGAGGGUCUGCAGUCCACCGGGGCAGAGACUCACAUGGAGGCGACAAGUGACCAGCAGACUGGAGAGCUUUCACAGACCAAUGAGCAGGACAGUGGUACACACAGAUGACCAGAAACAUGCUGUGAUAUUUACUGAACAGACUCACAAACAUGAGCGAGUGAAAGGAAAUCCAAUCAGUUUAGCCUCAUGUUAUAUGCUACUACCUGUUCGUGGGCCAGACUCCAGUAAGGAUGUCAGCCCUCUGAUUGUCAAAAUGUGAACCGAUGUUAUUUAUAAGAUGUUUCCAGAGACAACUUGUCUGUCAUAUGAGCACAGUUAGGUUUACAGCGUAGUGAACUGCUGUUAAAUUUGAAUCACAUUUCCGGAUACAAAACUUCUGCAGUUCAGUUACUUAAACUUGUUACAAUCAACAGUGUGGUUGUAACAGCUGGAUGUUGUCAGUGCAACGAAUUGUGCAUUUACCUCCCAUACUUCAGUUAGUUUUAUUCUGUUAUGAGCAAUAUUCUGAAGGGUGCCGAAAAAUGGAAAUCAUUGUAAUAAUUAUUAAUGGUUUAUAUAACUUUAUUUUAUGAACAGUGUGUUUGAGUUAUAAUUAUGGAUGCAAUUAGGUCGUUCAGUUUUUUAGUUGUAAUUUAGUUUCGUUUCUGCAUCAAUGACAGAAAUAUACAAACAAUAUUUUUAUUUAUGGUUUAUUCCAGUGUUACCUGUUGGUUGUUCUAAAACAUUACUGACUCAUCA